ACCCAACACCAACAGCAAGCUGCACGGCAGCAGCGAACCUUAGUGACAAGCUGAAGCACUGAUCCAGUAUGGGUGUGGCAGGCGCGCCGAAGAUCAUGGCGGCUCUGGCGCUCGGGCUAGCUCUCCUCUGCGCUGCCGCCGGGCCGGCCGCCGCGCAGAACUGCGGCUGCCAGCCGGGCUACUGCUGCAGCAAGUACGGUUACUGCGGCCUGGGUGACCCCUACUGUGGUGAGGGGUGCCAGUCGGGCCCGUGCUACUCCGGGGGCGGCGGCGGCAGCGGAAGCGGAAGCGGCGGCCGCGGCGCGAACGUGGCUAGCGUCGUCACCGACGCGUUCUUCAACGGCAUCAAGAACCAGGCCGGGGGCGGGUGCGAGGGCAAGAGCUUCUACACGCGGAGCGCGUUCCUGAGCGCCGCCGGCAAGUACUCCGGCUUCGCCCACGGCGGCUCCGAGGUCGAGGGCAAGCGCGAGAUCGCCGCCUUCUUCGCGCACGUCACGCACGAGACAGGGCAUUUCUGCUACAUCAGCGAGAUCAACAAGAACAACGACUACUGCGACCGGGGCAACACGCAGUGGCCGUGCGCGGCGGGGAAGAAGUACUAUGGGCGCGGCCCGCUGCAAAUCUCGUGGAACUACAACUACGGGCCCGCCGGGCGGGACAACGGCUUCGACGGGCUGCGGGACCCGGACGCGGUGGCGCGGGACGCCGUGGUCGCGUUCAAGACGGCGCUCUGGUUCUGGAUGAACAACGUGCACGGGGUGAUGCCGCAGGGGUUCGGCGCGACGACCAGGGCCAUCAACGGCGCCCUCGAGUGCAACGGGAAGAACCAGGCGCAGAUGAACGCGCGGGUGGGCUACUACAGGCAGUACUGCCAGCAGCUCGGCGUCGACCCGGGGAACAAUCUCACCUGCUAGACGAAGUCUUCGUUGAUGCAUGGUAGCUUGUGGCUGGUGAAGAAUAAAGAAUACUGUCGCCUGAAGUUAAACCCAGAGUUUAACGAAGAUGUGCUAUGUACUAGCAGUAGUAUCAAUAAUGCAGGCGCAGGGCCGGGCCUGUUUAUGCGGCCUGAAUAACGAAGCAGUUUGUAAUAUGCAGAAUUGCCAGGAAUAUGAACUUUUUCUACCCAA